AGGGACUUUCAGGGCUGUGGGGGACCGGGACACUGGGACACCCGGCUGCUUAGUACAGUACACAGAAAUGACUUGUGGAAUUAAUUUGGGGAUCCUGCUGAUUUUCUUUCUUCAGGCGGUGCAUGUCUGCCGUUUAUGGGUGUUGCCAGGCGGUGAAGACUCCCGGGCAGAAGGCACCAACUCACCAGUUGGCCGCUCUCAUCUGCGUGGCAGACCCCAGGAUGAAUUCAGACAGGCCGUUGUGGUCAAAAGCAGUUCAACAGACAGCGGGCCCAACCAGGGACUGUACAACCAAUGGUAUACCCACACUGCCUCACACGCCUAUCCACUGAAAUAUUACCACAGCUCCCAAACAAAUCAAACUGUACAAUAUGGACACCAAGUAUGGAAGAGUCCCACCUGAACAUGCCUUCAGCCCGUCUUCUCACAUUGCUAGUGGAAGUUCUGUGAGCAAGUGUGACUCUUCUAACCAGCACAUUAUUGUUCUCAGGACAUGGUCUGGCCAGCAGGGUGGUCCACAGAGUGGUCAGCAGGGAGCUCUGCUUACCAGCCACAAUGCAUACAGACAACCAGACAGCCAUCGUUCAGAGCAGAAUCUCUUGUCCCGGUCGGACUCCCUUCAGCCUGCAGCCUGGAAACCCCACAGUGUGGCCAACUCUUACCAAAAGCCUGGUUUAGACGCAAGCGUUCAGCUGACCGGCCUGAAUGGGAAUGAUGGUGUAAUUCUACCAAAGGAGUAUACCAAAGCAACAUCAGGGCUCUCACGUGGCAGGAAAGUGUAUCGAAAUGGUGGCUCUGGAAAAAACACAUACCCCAAGACUCAAACCAUUCCUAAAGUAUCUCCACUCCAUGAGCAAUACCAGCCUCUCUCCAGGCAGUUUGGUCUUCACCAGUCUCAAACUUCAGCCUACAACCAGAAUCCUCAGCCAUUUCCACUCCAAACUGGUGUAAAUCUGGCCCCUGUGCACAUCAGGGGUCCAGAGAUGCAGAGCAGGAGACUAGGCCCAGGACAGCGCUUUGCCCCUACUAGACUCCACUACAUCCCACAGCUGUUCGGAGGUCAUAACAUUAAACGGCUGGGGGAUGAGCAGACUUUAGAGCAGACCACUACAACACAAAGGUCAAAGAAGCCAGUGACUUAUCCAAUCAAAACGUACACAUUCCCCCCUCGUCACACGCAGUCCUACAUGCCACAGCGGCCGGUUCUUCACCAGAAGAGCAAGUGGCUGAGGAUACGGUCCCAUCAGCUAACAGGUGCAGCUGGAGUUUUUGGACAAUCGUUUUGAAAAAUGGUAUACUGUUGAUGCCUCUAAUUGGACUUACUGCCAUCUGGUGUACUAAAGUUUCUCAUCUGGACCAUAUGAAGGGUUUUGUUUUGUUUUUUUGUUUAGUUUUUUUUUUUAUAAAACUAAUGGGAGUGUUUACACCUUGAGCUCAAACACGAACUACUUAAACAAAACGUUAACCUCAUUAAUGCUUGAUCUGAAAACCAUUCCCUCUAUUUGAUACAAUUGUUCAAUCAAGGUGUACUUUUUUAAAUAAACAUGUUGUGCUUGAUUUAUUUUUUUCCUCUUGUAUAACUUUAAAUGUUAAUGUAGUCCUAGUCAACUUCAGCUUAUUUAUCCUGUUUAAAGACCCCUUCAUUGUUUAGACCUAGUGCUUUCAUAUGGGGUAUUGGAUUGCGUUUUGUUUUAUUGAAACCAGCGUGACUUGGCUCUUCACUGCUUCUAUUAAAAGUAAAACGUAUGUGAGUGGUAAUGUACUGUUACACUGAAUGAUUUUGACUACUUUGCUGUACGAAAUGCUUUAACACCUCCAAUCAGUGUAGAAUACAUCACUGACAGCAGGUGCUCUUCAUGAUAGUUCCUGAAAUCCAACAGAUGUCUUCUAAGCCUGAGACAACUUCAGGUGUCUCUGCAAAUACACUUCUAUUUGCUUAAUUUGUCUGGAACAUUGUAAACUGAGGUGUUUUGACCUUCUGUUCUGACAGCUGUGAUUUGGAUGUUAUCACUCAUUAAAAUCCAGUGUAAAUGUAAAGUGAUGGAAACAUACUGUUGUGGUUUAGCAUACAGGUGCAGAUCUCACAUACGCAGCUCCAGGUGGUCCCACAGCAGGUGCAUUAAGAUUAUUAUGCUCACAAAUUAUACCUCCCAUAGUUGUUUAUUCUAACUGUUUUAAUAUGGGAAAUUGUAAGUACUCUAAACAUUGACUUGCAAAAUACAGCAGUUGCUUUCAUUCAAUGUCUGCUUAUGAAACCAUGUAACUAAAGGUGGGCAGAUUAAUGAAAAUGAGUUGUAUUGAAGAUGUGCAAAAAUUGAAUAUCAUGUAAUUUGUUGACAAAUGUUGCAAAAACCACUGUUCAAACAUCUUUAAAGACACGCUACAACACACUUCUGUUGAAUAAACAUAUCUGAUUAUCAUUGGGAUACACCAAAAAUAUUCAUUUAUGUUGUCAUAACAUGCCACCUCAAUUAGGAUUUGAAAUUUUCUGGGAUCAUUGUCACAAGAUGGCGCACUAGGACAUACCCAAACACCACCUUGUUUUGCAAUGUGAUCACUGUUUGAACGUUACCAUCAUGAAUUUAAAAGUAUUGGGCAAUGUAAAAAUCGUUUUAUAUCAGUUUACAAGGACAUUUCUGAGGAGCAAAGGUGAAAAAGUAUGACUAUGAAAUUGACUAACCAUGAAUAUAAUCCAGAGUAUUUUCAGAGUUAUUGUCCUGUUUAGCCUAAAUGAGAAUAAAUCCACAGCAAACGUCUUACC